UCCAUCGUGGUCGCUGAACGCCGGCUUUCAGCUGAAACUUUGUCUGGUUUCGCUGAAAUUCGCGCACACGCGCGCUUUUUCGAUUAUUCACACAAUAAGCUUUUGGCACUUUUAGAUUUAGAUUAGCAUAAUUACAGGACAGUUUUGUUAAUUUAGAAUAAGGUUUUGUAACUAUUGACAGGCAGUAGAAAGUUUUAAAUUACAGUGCAAUAAUAUUCACAAACAAGUUAUGUGAUAAGCUAGAAAAAACUAUUUGUUUUUUUGUGAUGAAUAUAAUAACGGCAAUGAUUUUCUAAGGUUCCAUCUCAACGGUGAAGGUUCACUAAGUAACCAUCGAACCGGCAACCAUCCCUAUUAUUUGGGGCAGCAGAAGAAUACAGUAAUGUCCGGCCAACAGGAAAGUAUCAAUAAAGUGGCCUCGAGCACCGGCAGCGCCAGCCACCACAACAAAAGGCCAGUGAUUCUCGUUUAUCCUACGGUGUCACCGGAAACAGUAGUGGUUCCAAUCAUUUCCUGCAUCUUCGGUUUCCCGCUUCUAGCCCUCUUAGUGAUAUGCUGUUUGAGAAGAAGAGCCAAGCUGGCCAGGGAGCAGGCGCGCAGGCGCAACUGCGAUAUAGAUCACGGUACUUUCUCUAUUGUCAGAUUCAGCCCAAUACACUAUUUAGGACGAUCCAACAGAGCAAUAUCGCUUCGCUCUGAACGUGGUAUGAGUAGAGGAUUUCCGUCUCUAGAGCUGGAUACUGUAGUGGAAGAAAGAUCCGAUCCGGAGCCAGACCAGACCGUUAUCGAAAUGAUGACACCUGAUGGGGAGAGUGACAACAAUAUUAACAAGAGAUAGCAUCAGGUUAAGGACGCUUGCGCAGAUAGGUCUCCUCUUUGGGCAGCCCUGACCCACGCGCAUUCGUUAACCAUCGUAUGUGAUCCAGAAGAUAGUUGACAUCAGGACAAUGAGCUUCAUCGUUCUGAUCCAGUGAUUCCCCACAUGGUACCGCUUCCGUUUAUUAAGGGACAUUGACAUACGCCCUCGUAUUUUUCUACCCUCUAAAUGAUACACCCUUGAUACCUAUCAGUUGCUUAGAAUACACAAAUUUUGUAAAUAAAAUGUUUAAUCAUAAAUGAAUUUUGUUACAUAAUAUAAUAAACAUUGUCAAAUAUUGUAAAUAAAUAUCACUGUUAGAUGUAACAA